AUGAAUAAUAAAAAGAAUCAGCAGUUUUUCUUAGGAUAACAAUAAUUAAGUUGCAUUUUAAAACCUGAAAUUCCUAACUAUAUUUUUGGUCAUCUUGAUUAAAACCUACUUACAAAAACUAAAGAAUAAAUUAAUUUUAGUUAUGAUUAGUUUUAUUAAAACUUUGAAAGUAAAUUUUCUAAAAUCUUUUCUGAUUAAGUCAUUGAUGUACUAAACUAUUGUACUGAAUUAGAUUUCAAUUCAUAAAGAACCAAUUAAUACAUCAUUAAUUUAGAAAAGGAACUUGAAAUGCAAAAACAAAAAGUUGAGGAACAAGAAAUAAUAAUUUAAUCUAAUACGCUUAACCAUUCAAAAAUUAAAUAGUAAUUAAACACUCAAAAUGAUACAAUUACUAAUUUUCUUUAAAAACUGGAAAAAGAAAUUUCUAAUUUAUAAUCCCUAAAUUUAGUAAAAUCAGAUUUGGAAAAUAAAAAAGUUUAAGAUUUAUAAAAUAGUUUUUAAGCAUCAAUUGAUAAUUUUUAAUCCUUAACUUUUAAAAAUUCAGAAUAAUAAAAUACUUAAAUUAACAAUUUAUAAAAUAGUCUUUAAUCAUCAAUUGAUAAAUUGUAAUCAAUCACUUAAAAAAAUUCAGAAUAGUAAAAUUAGAAUUUUAAAGAUAUUUCUUAAUAAAAGACUUCUUAAAUAAAUUCUGUGUCUAAAAUUUAAAUUUGGUUUUUCAUAAUUGUGAUUUGUUUCUUAUAUUAUCUUCGAAAUGAACUAGAUAGCAUAGUUAAACUGAAUUAAGAGUAAUUACAUGAUCUAAAUGUAUUGAGAUUUGAGUGUUAUAAACGACCUUGA